ACAAAUAUGGAGAAAACUGUAAAUAUUAAGGAGGAUGACUGUGAGUGGGAGUCCAUCUACCUUAAACAAGAAAGUCUGAACAUCAAGGAGGAAAACAGUGAACUGCAACCAGUGAGCAUUAAAGAAGAACCCGAAGAGACAUCUGUCAGUAUUGAGAUGCAUAACCAUACAAAGCUGGACAGUGUAAAAGAAGACAACCGUCAUGAUGGGUGUCAAGAUGGAGUGGUGACCAGGUUAGACUCUUCUCAUAGCAGACACUGUUCAUCUCCAGAGCCUUCUAUCAAUGUGAAGUCUGAAUCAUUAGAGUCUGAACCAAAGAGGGCUGAGGAAACUACAUCUGUUAGAGCGCAGCAAAAUAAGCGACCAUCUUCAAAGAAGUCUGGAAAAAGAAAAAAAGAUCACUGCAGUGUGGAAUGUGGCAGAGAAUUCUAUAACAGGAGUGCUCUUCAGAAACACAAGAGAGUUCACACCGGAGAGAAGACAUAUUGCUGUAAUGAAUGUGGUAAACAGUUUUCACAAAAAGACAAUCUACAGUUACACAUGAGAGUUCACACUGGAGAGAAGCCAUAUUGCUGUAAUGAAUGUGGUAAACAGUUUUCACAAAAAGACAAUCUUCAGCAACACAUGAGAGUUCACACUGGAGAGAAGCCAUAUUGCUGUAAUGAAUGUGGUAAACAGUUUUCACAAAUGAGCAAUCUUCAGAGACACACGAGAGUUCACACCGGAGAGAAGCCAUAUUGCUGUAAUCAAUGUGGCAAACAGUUUUCAGAUAAUAGUAGUCUACAGAAACACACAAGAGUUCACACUGGAGAGAAGCCAUAUUGCUGUAAUGAAUGUGGUAAACAGUUUUCAGAGAUGGGCAGUCUUCAGAGACACACGAGAGUUCACACCGGAGAGAAGCCAUAUUGCUGUAAUCAAUGUGGCAAACAGUUUUCAGAUAAUAGUAGUCUACAGAAACACACAAGAGUUCACACUGGAGAGAAGCCGUAUUGCUGUAAUGAAUGUGGUAAACAAUUUUCACAUAGGGGCAGUCUACAGCGACACACGAGAGUUCACACUGGAGAGAAGCAAUAUUGCUGUAAUGAAUGUGGUAAACAGUUUUCAGGGAUGGGCAGUCUUCAGAUACACACGAGAGUUCACACUGGAGAGAAGCCAUAUUGCUGUAAUCAAUGUGGCAAACAUUUUUCAGAUUCGGGUAGUCUACAGAAACACACGAGAGUUCACACUGGAGAGAAGCCAUAUUGCUGUAAUGAAUGUGGCAAACAGUUUUCACAGAUAGGCAGUCUUCACAGACACACGAGAUUUCACAACAGAAUAAAAACAGUAGCAGUUCAAAAAUCAGUCCAGAAAAACAAGAACCCUUCAGGACUCAAGAGUGAGGUUCAGUUGUGUCCUGAAAAGUAAGCAAACUAAACUAUUGUUGAGAAAUGAAUCUCAAAGAGAAGCCAUAUUGCUGUUUGGAAUGUGGCAAACAAAUCUGUCAGAGCAGUACACUUCAGAGACGCACCAGAAUUCACACCGGAGAGAAGUACAACUGAACUGCCCUGACUAAAGAGUGAGGUUCACUUCUGCCUGGACAGUAAGCACAUGUAACGACUCAAAUCCAUCCUACUUAGUGUUGUGUCAAAAACAUAUCAACAUGGAGGAGACAAAGAAGUUUAAAUCCUUUUUCCUUUUCCAGAAACAAAAUAAAGAACAGGGCGUCAUACAAACGGCUUCUCACCAAAGCCCCUACAGCCUCCACCAUGUGCCUAACUCUGUUUUCAUAACAUACGUAUUACAUAUAGAACUAUUUAC